AAAAUACUCAGCAACAACUAUCUACUAAUUUGUCUAAUACAGUAGACAAUACACUACAACAAUUACAACAAAAUGAACCUAAUACUACUUUAAACCAAAAUACUGAUCAGGCCAAACCAACAUUCAAUUAG